UGUGUAUAAUAAGUACAUAACUCUUUAAUGUAUAAUUGAAUGUAAAAAUUGGAAAUAGUGAUAACUGGAAAUCCUUUAUAAUUAUUAUUUUCUUUUAGAUAAUAUUAUAAAAUAAAAUAAUAAAUAAUCGUACAUAAUAUUAUAAAUUAUAAUCAGUGUUAUAAUCUUUGGCGGUUAUAUCGGUUGUUGCCUAAUGAGCAGUUGUUGUGAUCAUUGGGUUUAAAAUUAAAUUAUGUUCUACUGUUUACCUAGUGUUUAUACAUAUUUUAGUCAUAUCUUACAUAGUUCAAUUAUUUAUAAGUAAUAAGAAUAAUUAUUUGAUCAUACGAGAUACUAUUAUGCACAUUACACGGACGACGGACCAAGAUAAAUUCCAGAUCACUAUUCAAUAUUCAUUAGUAUAAGCUCGAAAUAAGUUAUCUUUCGUCAUUUAAAAAAUAUUCUUAAACAAUUAUCGGAGGAAAUUCUUUAACUCUACACAUAUUUACGUCAGCAGUUGCAGAUCAAACACUUAACACCACAUGUCCACAUCAAGUAAUAAUGUGACAACUUUAUAGUUUAAUGCUCUACAUUGAAUAAAGAAAUGGAGAGUAAACAACAAAAUAAACUUGAAAAUGAUGAAGUAAAUGAAUUAAAAAGCAUGAAUGCAGAAGAAACACAAAAAAAUGAAGAAUUAAAUGAAUAUAUAAUGCCUAUGCAAACAAAUAUUAUGACAUCAGCUAUAGGGCGCAAAGAUCAACCCUCAAAUAAAAAAGGGGAUCAGCAAAGACAAAUUUGGAGUGGAAAAUAUGAUAAUUUAUUUUCUUCCAAUAGUAUUCUUGAAACUAUUGAAGAAAAUGAUAAUAUGCAUCAACCAAGUGUAUCAUUAGCUAACUUUGGCAAUCCCAAUAAAGAAUUUAAAACAUCAUUUGAAUUAUCUGAAUGGGAUUUAAUUGGAGAAGAAGAUCCGACUGUGAUUACUGAAUUCAUAAACAAUGAAAAAACUGAAUGUAAUUUCUCUCCAUCUUCCAAUAUUUGUGAAACCCCCAAAAAAGUUUUAAGAGAACGUGUAAAUAAUUAUAAACGUAUGUUUGAAACGAGUAUGAAGGAAAACAAUGAGCUAAGGGAAUUCACAACUCUUGAAAAACAAAUGUUUUAUGAUAAUAAUGAACAGUUAAAAGAUUUAAGUCAUUUGAGAAAGCAAGUUGACAAUCUUCAAAUCGAAAAGAAUGAAUCUGAAAAAAUUAUUGAAAAAUUAAAAUAUUCAGUUCAAGUAGUUGAAAGUGAAAAACUUGAUAUUGAAAUUAUUAUUGAAGAACAAAGAAACAAGUUUGAAAAACGAGAAAAUGAACUUCUGGCUACAAUUCAGGAAACAAAAAAAGAGUUAAAAUCCAAAGAAGAUCAAAUUAAAAAAUGCAUAUUAAGUAAUAACUGUAUGACAGAGAAACAAGAAGAAAUUAAAAGACUUGAAAUGAAAAUUAAAGAAAUCUAUCAAUUGAAUAAUACAUAUACUAAUGAAAUAGACACUUUAAAAGUACAAUUGUUAAAUAAAGACCAGCAACUCAAUGUAGAAUUGUCUGAACGAUGUUCACUAUUGAAAGAGUUAUCUCUUCUUCGAAGUUAUUCAGCUGAAGUUAAAUCAAUUCCAUGUGCUAUUCAAUGUUUAGCUGAUGAAGGGUAUUUUAGUCUUAAAAAAAAUAAUAUAUUAGGACUGGUUCAACUAUUGGAACACAUUCAUGAUAUAGUUGAACAAUUGGAACAAAAAAACAAAAAUCUAAUAGAUGAAAAUAAUAAUUUGAAAUUAAUUACCAAUAAUUUUAAUAUUCAAAUGAAUAAUAUAAAAAAAGAAAAUUAUGGAUUGAGAUUAAAGCUAAAUUCAAUUGAAGAAAAAAUUAUAUUUACCAUUAAAGAAUUUAGUGGCAGUUCUGAGAUUAAUAUUGACAACGCUGAUACAGAAAGUUUAAUUGAAUUUGCUCAAAAACAUUUUGAAGAAAACACAAACAAAGUUGAUAUACUGUCAAACAAUAAUUUAAUUUUAAAAGAAAAAUUGUCUAUAUCAAAUAUAAAACUCUGUGAAAUAAUAUCAUUUGUAUUUAAUAAUCUUGAUUAUAUUCUUCAAAGUAUUUCUACUAUGGAAGAGAGAUCAAGUACUGAAAUGGAAAAAUUGAAGAAGGAACUUUCUGAAACUAUAGAAGAAAACAGAUUUUUAAAAUCUAGUAUUCAAUUGUUUAAUAUAUUAACAUUUGAAUGCGUUGAUAUUAUUGAAAAAGUAAAGAUAAACCAGUCAAACGCUAUAUAUCUUCAAGAAGAACUUACUGUCUGUAAUGGUGUUAAAAACGUAUUACAACUACAAAUUGAAGAAUUAAAAGGAUUGAACACAAAUCUUAAUAUGUUAAUUGAAAACCAAACUAAAGUUGAAAAACAAAUCAAAGACGAAUUGGACGACACCAAAUUUAAACUUUCUCUAAAAAAUGAAGAGUUAAAUGAAAGAAGAAUUGGAAUAAACCUGGAUAAUGAAAGUGAAAUUCGUAAUGAAUUAAUAAUAAAAACUAAAGAGUUAGAAACUUCAGUUUCCCAAGUGUAUGUAUUACAAUUAACAAUUGAAGAAAUGAAAAUAAAAACAAACUCUAAUGCUAUUACUAUUGAAAAACUAAAUAAUGCACUCGAUAGCAUUGAAUUUGAACUGAAAGAAAAAUCUAAACUUGUGGAUGAAUUCAAAAAUAAUAAAUCAAAAGCAACAACAUGUAAUAAUUUAGAAAUAAUUAAUGAUCUAAAUGAGGUUAUUACAAAACUUAAAUCUGAAUUAGAAGAUAAGUUAAUAAAUGAAAAAACGUUAAGACAUGAAUUACGGAUUGUUACAGUAGAAUUGGAUGAUGUUAUUGUUAAAGUCAAUGAGGUAAAAUCAGUAGUUGACAUUUUAAAUAUAAAGGAUGACUCCAAAAUUUAUAUUUUGCAACAGCUUAACUGUGAACUAAAAUGUAUUGAAUCUAAACUUAAUGAAAAAAAUGAGAUAAUUAGAAAAUUAGAAAACACUAAUUUAGAACUUUUAACUAAAUGCACAAAUUCUGAUCAAUUCAAUAAAAUUAUCACUGAACUUAAAAUAGAACUGAAGAACAAAAUUAAUGUUGAAAGUAAAUUACGAGAUGAACUUGAGGCUAAAACUAUGAAAUUAGAAUAUGCUAUGCUUCAAGGAAAUGAGAUUCAAACUGUGGUAGAAAGUAUGGAGAAUGAAAUAAAAUCAAAUGUUGUUUUAAUAGACCAAUUUAAAUCUGAAUUAGCUACAAAAUCAAAUUUAUUAACAAAAUUAGAAAAUGUUAAUUCAGAAUUAGUUUUGAAAUGUGAUAAAUUGAAUGAAAUUCUAUUAAACAAUACAAAGGAUAAUGAACAGUACCAUUUAAAUAUUCAAAAUCAGUUACAACAAGUUAGCAAAGAAAAAUUACUAAUUCAAAAUGAUUUGAAUCUUAUAAUCCAACAAUGUAUAGAAAUUUCAAAACAUGAUGAAUCAAAAAAAUAUUUACAAGAUAAAGUACAACUAUGUGUAUUGAAUUACUAUAAUUUGUAUACAGAAUUUGUUCAUUUGUCUUGUGAUAUUGAAUCAUUAUUAAAAUGUCAAACCAUUACAGUAUCUAAUUUGAGAGAAGAAAUUCUACUAAAAUCUGCAGAAAUUGAACACUUGCAAAAACAAGUACUGGACCCACGUUUACAGCAAGAAUAUAAUCGACUAGAAAAAGAUUAUAUGUCAAGAUCUUGUGAAUAUGAUGAGGCACAAGGAAAAAUAUUACAUUUAGAAUCAAUGUUGACAAGAAAUGAAGAAUCUGAAAAUGUUCUUAAAAAUGAUUAUGAAUCAAAAUGUAUUGAACUGGAAGAAUACAAGAAAAAUAUUGAAUUUUUAGUUUCUAGAAAUGAUUCAUUUCAAAUCAGAGUUAAUGAUUUCGAAAAUAAUGUUUUAGUUGAUUUAAAUGAAGAAUUUGAUUUAAUGAAAUCACAAUUGGCAAAAAAAACUGACCAUGAAAAAAUGUUACUGGAAGAAAAGGCAAAUCUAAAAUGUAACUUUGAGGAACUUCAAGAACAACUUAUUAAUGUCACUGAAGAAAUGAAACUUAAGGAAGAAAAGUGUGAAGAUUUGGCUACAAUUAUUAAUGUUUUAGUAAAUGAAAUAAAAGAUGCAAAUUCAGUUAAACAAAAUUUAGAUUCUUGUUUGAAUGAAGCUGAACAUGAAUUACUUAAGUAUGGAGACCUCUGUGAAAACCUCAAAUUAGAAUUAUAUAGUGUGCAAAGGGAAUUAGAAAAUGCAUGCAUUAAAGCUGAGUCUAUAGAAAAACAGUUACAGAAUCUUGAAUUUAAAUUUAAUGAUAAAAUUAAUAAAAAAUACUUUGAUGGUUGUGAUGUUAGAAAUCAAUUAAUUGAUCCACUUGUUGAUUUUGUACAUGAUAUUAAAUUGAAACUUACUGAACUCAAUUCUGCAAUGAUAUCAGGAAACCAAAGUGAAAAAAGUUUUAGAACAAAAGUUGUGUCAGGCAAUGAUUAUAUUUUACCUCAAGAAGAAACAUGGAAAAUGAGCUGUGACUCCCAACCUGAAUCUCCCAAUAGCGAAGUUGGUUUAGAAAUUGAUAAUUUACUUAAGAUAUUAAAAGAAAAAAAUGAUACAAUAAACACUCUUCAUAUAGCUAAAAAUGAAAUGGAAAAAAAUAUUUGUGAACUACGAUGUCAAGUGAAAAAUCAAUCUGAUGAAAAUAUUAAACAUAUUAAUGAUAUACAAUUUAUGGAAAUUGAUCUAAAAGAAAAAAUGUCAUUGAUAAACAAUUUAAAUAAUGAAUUGAAUGAUGUUCAACAAUUGUGUACCAAACUAAAGGAACAAAUUAAUGAAUCCCGAGAACAAAAUAUAAAACUUUUUGAUAAAAAUGAAAAAUUGAUUAGUAGUAUAACAUUAAUAGAAAACAAUUUACAAGAUAAAACUUCAUUGGUAUGCAAUUUAAAGAAUGAAUUGAAUAACCUCCAAAUAGAACAUACCAAACUUAAAGAACAUAAUCAGGCAAAUAAAAAACAAAUUGACCUUAGCUAUGACAUUGAUUUAGAGUUAAGAAAUGGUAAAAAGAACAUUAUAAAUGAAAUUAACCUACUUGAACCAGGAAAAAUUACAGGCGUUCUUACUGAUCAUAAUUUGUCUAAUUUAUUGGACACCUUUGUCAACCUUAUAAUGACUAAAGAACAUCAAAUAGUAACAAACUUGGCUAGCAACCACAGUAAAAUUAUACAACUAUAUGAAGAUAAAAUCAAACAGAUGCAAGAAGACAUAAAAAAAGAGAAAGAAUGGCAACAACAAGUUGAAAGUGAUAAUGAAAAACUUGUCCUUGAACUUGAAAAUCUCAAAUCUCAAAUUUCAAACUUUCCUUGUAGAGAAUUAAAGAUAAAAACACUAACAGAAAAAGUUUUGAAAGCAGAGAAUCUAUCUUUUAAUUAUUUGAGUGAGUUGGAAGAAUUAAAGACUCAAUUGAGUAAAACAAGUGAACAAAACUUUCAGGCAUUAUCACAUGAAUUUGAAGUAUUUAAGACUAACUCAGAUCAGUCUAUACAAGAUUUGAAAAAUAAACUUGAAAAUCUAACCAAACAGUAUAAUGAAACAUUAAGUAUGUGUGAAGUUCAAAAAAGUUGUCGUUUUAGUCUGGAAGAUCAAAUAGGAAAGAUUCAAUCAGAAUGUGCUAGUCUUAAAUCUGUUAUUGAAAAAAAAGAUGAAGAUAUUAAAAACUUACUUGUAGGAUUUAAAUUGAAGACAAAUGAGUAUGAAAUAAUGAACAAAAACCAUAGUUUACAAAAAGAAGAAAUGAGAAUUUUUCAUGAAAAGAAAAUCAGUGAUCUACAGUUUGAUUUAAGUAAUACGAAACAUAAAAUGUAUUGUACAGAAAAGUUGCUAAAAGAAAUAAAUAAAAAUAAUGAAAAUGAUAAAGUUAAAUUGAAUAUGAAUGAUAAUAGUUUAAUUGAUGUAAAUAAUGUAACCGACAAAUUAAGAACAAUACUUAAGUGUAAUGGUACAUUGUCAGAAAUCUACGAAAACAUAUGUUCAUUAAUGACCAAAUGUGAAUAUUUAGAAGAAGAAAUUAAAGAAUUGAAACAUGCUAAUGUCAACUUAGACAAUGAAUGUGAGUCCAUGUUAGAUGAAGUAAACAAUAAAAGCAAUAAGAUAACUGAACUUUUGACUCAAGUAGAUGUGUUGAAUCGAAACAUUGAAUUGUUAACGGGAGAAAGAGAGUUUUUGAGAAACAAAUGUAAACAAUUUAAAAUCUUCAAUAAUGAUCUCAAAAAAUUAAAUGAUGAAAUAUGUAGUUAUGAGCAAAACAUUUAUGAACUUAGAAAAGACAAAGGUCAGCUAAUUGUACAACACAAUAAAGAACUGAAACAACUCAAAAAUGAACUACAAGAAAUUCAAGCUAAAAAUUUGGAACUGUUUAACGAGUACAGUGCAUUAUCCGAGACUGCUAAAAAUUUGGAAAAAUCACUGAAGGAAGACAUUCAACAAUUAAAUAGAUGCAUUUUUGAUAAAAAUGCAAAAAUAUCCACAUUAGAACUGUUUUCCAAAUCCUACUCUGAUGAUCUCAAGAAAAAGAAUUGUGAAUUGGAAAUUGUCUUUAAAAGGGCGAGAGAUGAGAAUCAUAUGUUGCGCAGCGAAUUACGGCGUUUGAAAAAAAUUACAAAUGUAUGUAGAGCUGAUCAAUGCACUCAAACUGUUGAAGAACAAAGCUUAAUGAGUAGUACAAUAGUGACAAACCAAAAAUGUAUGUUAGACAAAAUUGCUAAAUUUGAGAAUGAUAGUAAAAUGAUGAAAAUGAUGCUACAUCAUCGUAAAUCUAAAAUUGAAGAACUUGAAAAGCAACUCAAUGAAAGACAUAGUAAAAUAUAAUAAAUCUACCAACUGUCGUUACAUAUUUAUAAUUUGUUUGUAUCAUUUUUGUAUUUUUAUAAGAUAUCAAUAUGCAUUUGUAUAAUAGUUGAAUUAUACUUUAAUUGUAAAUUGUAAUAUUUUAAGCAAACUAAGCUUUUAGUGAUAUUUAAUUUAUAUGGUUUAUAUUGUAAUUAAACAAAAAUUAUAUUGAUUUAGGUAUACACAUUUUUAGGAUAGACUUCUAGAAUUGUCUUGAAGUUCAAUACAUUUAAGUCUGUUACAUGAAUUAUUUUGAUUUUAAUCCAAUAUAUUGAAAGGUUAUUUGGAAAUUGUUAAGAAUUUCAAACAACUAUUUAUCUGAACUCCUUAAAAUAAUUAUUAAUUUUUUUAGAAUAAAUGUUUCAUAAGUUAUAUAUGAAAAAAAAUUUUAAAGUAAAAUUAACCUUCAAUAAUGUUAACAUAUUUAGCAUUAGAAGAAUGAAUGAGGUAACUCAAGAGUAUUAAAAAAGAAGUUUAUUUAUAUAAGUCUCAAUUAAAAUUAACAAGUCAAUUUUGUUCUUAAAAAAAAUCUUCGCUUCAAUGUAAUUUUCCAAAUACCACCAAUCUGAAAAAAAAAAUGAUUUCAUUAUAUUAUUAUAUUACAUUAGAGAACAGUAGACCUGAAAUUAAUAAUGUAGUACUUAAGAUCAUUGUCGAGGAAUAGAGAUUAAACCACAAUAUGUUGUUUCAUAAUUAGAAAUUAGAUUAUUAGGUUUUUAUGAGUGCUAAUUGACGGUU